UGCGGGCAGUCUUACUGCCCCUGUCCGGUUUUUGGGGGUCGGUUCUGGAAGGCAGUUAACUCCUGAGUUUCCUUGCCAUACUGCCCCAGCCACGCUGCCCAUGAAGCCAGUGGCUGGAGACAAAGCUUAUGGUUUAGGGGAAGGCUUUUCCAGCAGCCAGAGGAAGGCAUUUGUUCCGGGUCCUCAUCCGUCUCCGCCACUGGCUUCCUCUGUUAUCCUGGCCAAGUCACUUUGGUACUUGACGCCCACAUCCUCCCAAGUCUGUUCGGCAGUCCCGUCCCAGGGCGUUUUCACCAGUGGCUGGAGUGUGCGGGUAUUCUGAGAAGGGCAGUAGCUGUUUCGAAGGACUGGAUUCAGGCUCUUUCCAGGUUUUCUGACGUUUGUGUGUAAGUCAUACUUGUUAACAAGGUGCUGGGAAUAUGGCAUUGGUCUUGGAUGUGGCACUGGCCGCGAAUUCAAUCUUGGCAGGGGAAGAGUUAUCUCCAAAAGAAGUGGUGAGAAAAUUCUCGCUUGACUUCCCUUCCCCACCUGCCUUUAAGUUCCUGAGUCAUGGAAAUGAAAAUCUCCUUGGCAUACGCCCAUGGUUUAGGCUAGAGGGUGUGGAAGAAGCUAUGAUUGGAUUCUCAAAGCCUGUGGUUGUGAUAAGAACGUACUGUACCGGAAGAAACAAAUGUUAACCUUACUGGAGAGUACAAGGUUUGAAAGAAACUUUUGGACUGUGAAUUGAGGCAUUGGACUCAAGAUGGCCUCGCCGGCAGACAGCUGCAUCCAGUUCACCCGCCACGCGAGCGAUGUCCUCCUCAAUCUCAACCGCCUUAGAAGCCGGGAUAUUCUGACCGAUGUGGUCAUCAUUGUGAACCGGGAGCAGUUCAGAGCCCACAAAACAGUCCUGAUGGCCUGCAGUGGCCUCUUCUACAGCAUCUUCACUGACCAGCUCAAGUGCAACUUGAAUGUCAUCAACCUGGACCCUGAAAUUAACCCUGAAGGGUUUUGCAUCCUCUUGGACUUCAUGUAUACAUCCCGCCUGAAUUUGAGGGAGAACAAUAUCAUGGCCGUGAUGGCCACAGCGCUGUACCUGCAGAUGGAGCAUGUGGUUGAUACCUGCCGAAGGUUUGUCAAGUCUAGUGAAGCAGAGAUGGUGCCUGCUGUGAAGACCCCAAGGGAAGAGUUUUUGGCUGGACGGAUGCUGAGCCACCCAGAGGUGAUGGCUUAUCGGAGCAGAGAUGUCUCAGAGAAUGGCAUGCCUCUCCAAAAUGGGUCCCUCUGCAAUGGGAGGGCCUUUGCACCUGGCUUGAUCAAUAGUUUGUCUGGAUCCCCCAUUUCCUACCAUGGAUACAGCCCUCUCCCUCUAAAUAGCUUUCUUGUGGAUGAUGAGUUGCGGGAGAUGAGGAUGCCUCUCUCUGAACUCUCGAGGGCAGGUGCCUUCCCUAAGGAAAGGAUCCUGCCAUGCGACAGCUCCAGGACAAUCCCCACCGAGUACAUGAGAACCAUUACCGACAUCUCGGCCAACAUGUGCCACGCUACCAUCUAUGCUCCAAAAGAAGGUGCUGCUGAAGAAGCCAGGAGCGACAUGCACUACAGCGUAGCCUCUGGCCCCAAACCUGUUGUCCCUUCAGUCCGGAACAAUCCCUAUUUCUCUUGCGACAAAGUGGCCAAAGAGGAGGAGCGGACCUCUUCAGAGGAUGAGAUCAGCCAGCACUUUGAGCCCACCAACACCCCCCUGGACCGCAAGGGACUCAUCAGCCCCCAGAGCCCCCAGAAGUCAGACUGUCAGCCCAACUCACCAACCGAGUCCAGCAGCAGCAAGAAUGCCCGUAUCAGUCAGAGCUCCAGCUCCCUCUUCACUAAGAGCCCCACAGAUCCCAAAGCUUGCAACUGGAAGAAGUACAAGUUCAUCAUCCUCAACUCUCUCAAUCAGAACACAAAGCAAGACAGUACUGACCAGAACGAGAUGGGAACCCUGUCUCCUCGCACCUAUAUGCCCAUGUCCACUUGCCAGCAGUCCAUGGAGCCGGAGCAUCUCAACGUGCAAUCCCCCACCAAGAUAAGUGUGAAUGGAGAAGACUCUACUAUCCCACAAGCGAGCAGACUCAACAAUAUUGUUAACAGGUCCCGGGAUGGGUCCCCUCGGAGCAGUGAAGGGCAGUCCCCGCUGUACAUGCAUUCGUCGAAGUGCAGCUCCUGUGGCUGCCAGUCCCCACAACAUGCUGAGAUGUGCCUUCAUACCCCUGGCUCAAACUUUGGAGAGGAGAUGGGGGAAACCCAGUCUGAAUACUCUGACUCCAGCUGCGAGAACGGGGCCUUCUUCUGCAACGAGUGCGACUGCCGGUUCUCUGAAGAAGCCUCUCUCAAGAGACACUCUCUGCAAGUCCACAGUGACAAGCCCUACAAGUGUGACCGCUGCCAGGCCUCCUUCCGUUACAAGGGGAACCUCGCCAGCCACAAAACCGUCCACACAGGAGAAAAGCCGUACCGCUGCAACAUCUGCGGGGCGCAGUUCAACCGGCCAGCCAACCUGAAAACCCACACACGCAUCCACUCCGGAGAGAAACCCUACAAGUGCGAGACCUGUGGGGCCAGAUUUGUCCAGGUGGCCCACCUCCGUGCUCACGUGCUCAUUCACACCGGGGAGAAGCCGUACCCCUGCGAGAUCUGCGGCACACGCUUCCGACACCUGCAGACCCUCAAAAGUCACCUUCGAAUCCACACGGGAGAGAAACCCUAUCAUUGUGAGAAGUGCAACCUGCAUUUCCGCCACAAAAGCCAGCUGCGGCUUCACCUCCGGCAGAAGCACGGGGCCAUCACCAACACCAAGGUGCAGUACCGCAUCUCAGCAAGUGAGGUGCCUCCGGAGCUCCCCAAGGCCUGCUGAAGGCAGAGCAUUUCCCAGGAGGAGUCUCGGGGAGGGUGGGGAGAAGCUGUCCAAAGGAUAUGCAACACUUUAAAAGAAAAAGGAGAAAAAAAAAAAAAAAAGAAAAAAAAUUCAUCACAUGAUGGAGUGCCUCUAAACCCAUAGUGCAGAUAGGUGGAAAACAUUAGAAAUUUAAAAAAAAAAUUACAAAUACACGGGUUUUAUUUUUCCCAGUUAUGUGAAACGUAAAGAAAAAUAAAAUUAUUCAGAUCUUAUUGUAUAUAAAACAUAAAAAAUAAAAAUAAGUCAUUUUAAAUGUCUGUGCAGUGGAGUGUUGAUAAACUCUGGAGUCUAACCUUCACAGCCUUUGCCGUUUGAAGAUGAGGAAUGUAAUGUUGAUUUAUGGGAACAGAUUUUUUCUUUUGUAUGCAAAAUGUGUGUUCUUUUAAAAAGAGAAAGUAUGCUAUUAAAGAGAGGGCUUUAACUUUUUUAACCAAAGGUGAAGGAAUCUAUGGCAGAGUUGUAAAUAUAUAUAGAUAUAAAUAUAUAAAUAUAUAUAUAAAAUAAAUAUAUAUAGACCUUUAAAAAAAGCUAUAUUAAAAAUAUAUAAAAUGCAUUAAAGGCUCAGCUGGAUUCUGCAGGCAGAAGCCACUCUGAGAAUCUUUAUUAUGAUAGAGCACUUAACGAGAUAUUUUAAAGUAUUGCAUCUGUACAAGUAAGAAAAUAUUUUGUCUAAAUGCAUCAGUGUAUUUGUAUUUUUUUGCAAGUGAAGGUUUACAAUUUACAAAAAAAGUGUGUAUUAAACCAACAAAGCUGCAGAAGGAAUUUAAAAUAAUAAUAAAGUGUAAUUUUUUUUUUGUUCUAGUUCUCAGUCUGUAUAUAUGUAAAAUGUGGUUUCGCACGGUGCCUUUCUUUUCAAUGGAAGUUUUCAAUGUAUGGACUAUAUUGAGCUCAGUUUCUUCAAGGUACAGCCUGAUGUUGCAAAAGGAGUUUUGGUGGAACUCUAUUGGGAAACGUUUUAUUUUUUUUUUGUUUUUGGUUUUGUUUUUGGUCUUAUUUUACAUGCUUGUGUUAUAAACAAUCUCGGGAGACAGGGUUUGGGCUGUGUCUAAACUGCAUUAAUGCGUUCUGUAAAAUAUAGCUGUACAAAUAAAAGAAUAAAAUGAAGAAAA